AUGAGGUCGGAGAAGCUGCCCAUUGUCAGACGGCGCAUCAAGGAGGGCGAUUUGGCAUUGAAGAACAUUUCUAAAAUUCUCCAUGUUGUAGCAAAUAUUGGGGCGCGGGGAAACGGUGAAUUGCUGCUGAUGGUUGAUUGGCUAAGAGUAGCGGUUAGUCAGCAAUAUUCGGCGAACACAGGAAGGAGGAGUAUGUUCGUCAUUUGGCACAAUAGCAUAAACUCAGCAGUAAGACUGGAUGUAGCCCUGCUCCUGCUCUCUUCCGACCCUAAAUGGCUGUGGGGCGAAGUGCAUCCCACAGAGCCGCAUUUGGCAACAAGCAUACUUUUAAGCCAAAGUUGGCCCGUAUUCGGAUUUGACCCAAAUACUAGGAGACUUCUAGAAGCUGGGGGGGUCUGGGUGGUGGAGGAGAUUUUGAGUCCCACAGUCCAGAAUCUUCCGGCCACAAUUUGUAUUUAUUUACAACGCACCAUGCCUUCACCAUCCUUAUUCAACCUAACCUUUCUCCUUCUUCCUCUUCUUCAUCUCACAAACCCCUGGCCAACCUCAGAAGCCAAAGACGUCAUCGUGGUACCUCCUCGAAUUGUCGACUUGAUGCAAGCCCAUAUAGCCGAUGUCAAGCGUUUAGCUGCUGAAGUGUAUAAACAAGCUAUAGUACGUCCUGUGAUGGCAUGGUAUAUAGAGAGGAAACAAAUACUACAACGCCUUCUUUGGACAAACGCGAAAUGCCUACUCAGAACCCAACGGCGCGAUGAUGAAAGGUGGAUUGGUGUCUUACUCUAUUCCAUACACCAACACAGCCUCCCUCCCUUUUUCCACACCCUCCAUACUCUGAAAGUACCUACGCCCAUUGAAAGCCCCACCACCCAAAAAGGUUCCGAAUCCUCUCCCACAUUCAAAUCAAACGCAACACACGCAACGCAAACGGUCACUACACAAUCCGCUGCCACUGACAAAACCAGCCGGACGGACGCUGCAGCGGCUGGGCACCGGCGUGAUUUGGGCAUCCCGCCGCCACGGGGUCUCCGUGCGCUGGAUGAGUAUGUACCGACUGGAGGUUUGAUUUUGCAUGAGUUGACGCAUGCGCUCUGGCAAAUGCUUGCAGAGGACUCCGCUAACAAGAUGAAAAGCAAUGGACAUGACGUUGAAGAACGUGUAGGAGAGAGGGGCCUCGUGGUAUACGAGGAGAAGAAUGAAUGCGGGAAAACUGCCUGGUCGGUUGAUCUAAAUCACAUUGAGCUAAAUCUAUUGAAUAGGAGCCAGCACAAAGCGCUAUAUAGUGAAUGUGGAAGCACAACUUACAAUUCUAAGUUCAUUCCAUGUCAGUCAUUCGCUCUCAGUAUAGUUUCCUAA